AUGUUCUCCACCUUCUCCGCCAAUCUCAACUCCACUGAUCGCCCCUCCGAGCAACCUGCCGCCGCUCCCCGUCCUAAACGUAACCAAGUCGUGCGUGCCUGCGACUGGUGUCGCCUGAAUCGCAUCAAAUGCGACGAUAAACAGCCAUGCCAGAACUGUCGUAACCAUGGUGGCUACUGCAGUAACACCAAGCAGUUUGAAGCCCAGUCCCUGCCCGCGGCUAAUCGGGAAAUCCAUCGCCUGCGCAAUCGCCUCAAGGACCUGCAGGAACAGCUAGACAAAGUAACCGAGGAAUCUAAAGCACAGGCUGCAGCUGCCAAAUACCCGUCCCCGCAAUCCUCGAAUGCCUCGAUUUCCAGCCUUACCGCACCCACUGAGCUCCCCGUUUCGGCCCGCAAAACGUGGGAUGGGAUUGCUGACCCGGAGUCUCGGACUGGCCGGGUCAUCCAUUAUGGCCCGCUCUCGUCGCCCUAUAUGGUGCUGCGUCUGAAUCGGCACUUGUCCGACUCGCUGAACCAGCCGCAUGUUAAAUCCCCGCUUCCCGUGCGAAUCUCGCAGCUCCACCGUCACGCUCCCACCAUCUCGCAGGAGCAGUUGUCGGAUGACUCGGAACGGCCUGAUCUGCGUGUCGGGCUGAACGAGGUCGAGGAUCUCUCCCGCGACCAGGAAGAGUACUUUUUGGUUCUGCUGUGGCAGGCCUAUCACUGCAUGUACCCCAUCAUCGCCGAGGAGGAGUUUCGAACCUAUUACGAUUCCCUCUGGGCCGGGACUAACGGUCAGCAACCGCGCCAGCCAUCUGCGCUUGUCGACAGCCUGUUAGCUGUCUGCAUGCAGUAUGGUAGCAUGUUCCUGGUUGAUGAUGACGACAUGGCCGACAGCGACAGUGAUUCGCAGGCUACCCAUUUUACUACAGCCGCACAUGCUUUCUACCGUCGUAGCCAGCGCACGCUGAUGGAGAAACUGGAGAAUCCUUCGGUGCACACUCUGCAAAGCCAUAUGUAUUGCAUUAUCUACCUGUACAACACCGCGUCACUGGAUACCGCCCACAUGCUCCUCGGGUUGGCCAUUCGGAUCGCCCAAAUGCUGCGCUUGCAUAUACGACCACUGGAGCCGACCCCGAAGCACACACAGGAGCUGCACUCCCGUAUCUGGUGGACUUUGUACCAGUUGGAUAGCCAGAUCUCGAUGACGCUUGGUCGUCCACCGAUUAUCAACCCAGAUGACGUUGGUUGCCCGAUGCCCGGGGAUUCGGGCGAGGCCGUAGAGCUCUCAGCGACGGUGCUGGUAUCGCCUCCGGACGAGGACAUUAGCUGGCUGAGCUUCCACACGCAGUACGUCCGUCUGACUGCCGCGGCACGUGCGGUGCACAGCGCCUUUGAAGCUCGCACUAUGCAGGUCUUGCAGUCGAAGAAUUUCCAGGAUAUCCACGAGGAUCCGCUAACCCUCGAGUCGCUCGCGGGCUUCCUGGGCAGCGAAGUUCGUACAUUGUAUGACUGGGUACAGGGCGUUCCAAGAUCGCUGAAAAACCAACGUAAAGGUUCAGCUGAGCCCUUCUCCACCGAUCGGAAGGUAUUCAACUUGAACCCUGCUAGCCCGCUCUGGCUGCAGCGUCAACGCCUUCUCCUCGAACUCAUCUACCACCAUUUGCAAAUUGCCACCUUCCGCCCCUUUGUGCGGUUCCCUCCACGGGACAGAUCUGUCACACCCUUGGCAGACAGUCACAGCAUUUCUUGUCUCAACCAUGCCGUAGUCCUAACCAUGUUGCUGCAUCAAGUCCUGUCGGAAACAGACCUCCUGCGCGGAUGGACCCCCAUCUUCCAGUACCAGUGGGACGCCACUAUCUGCAUCAUGUCCUUUGUGCUCGCGAACCCAGUGUGCCCCCCCACACCGGCCGCGCGCAAAAUCCUGCCGACAGCACUCCGCACUCUGGAAAAGCUAGACCCAUCCUUUGCAACGGCAGCCAGCGCCGCCCAGAUGGUCUGGGAACAGUUCCGCUCCUCCUCGACGCCACGCGGAUGGUCAUCGCUCACUCCCCCAAGCCAGGGCCCACCAGAAGUAAACCAGCCCCCAUCCACAGGAAUGCCGUCCAACGGCAUGACCACCACCGCACCCGGCGCCGGGCCAGUGGUCGUCGGGUCGAACAUGUCGCCCACAGACCCGUUCUCGGGCCUGCUCACCCCAACCAAAAUGCCCCCCAGCAUGAUGAUGGGCAACAACUUCCCAGACCCAAACAUCACCCCACAACUAGAUCUCAUGGAUCCGUCCUUGAACCUGCCGCACGAUCUCCUGAUGGGCACAGGUACACAGUGGAUGUCAAAUGGUGCCAUGGUACUCGAUUCCUGGCUGGGCUAUGGAUCUGAAUGA